UUAAUUUAAUUUGUAAUCAUGUUUUGUUCUCUCAACCCUUUUUGCUUAAUAUCCAAAAUAUAGGCUGUUUUAGCUUGUUGGAUUUUUUGUUGCUGUUUGAGUCAGUGUGGGCCUCUUUGCUGAAGGUUUAAGAAGUGUUAGAGCACAAAAAGGUCUCAAACUAGUGGAUAAUCUCUAUUAUCAGUUUCAGGUCUGAGGUUCAGUUCAGUUGCCCAGCCAGCAGGGGGCAAAUUUUUUUGCUCAUGCAAAAAGAUUAGAGGAAAUGUUGAGGAACAUGCAGUAGAUGUUUGAAUCGGUAGUUACUGCAGGUAUAAAUCAUAUUAUUCAUUCAUUUAUUAGUUGCUCACCAACAAAAGCAGUAUAGGUCCAUAAGUACUGGCUGUUCCACCCACUGGAUAAAAUAUUGUUUUUAGAUUAGGACUGUAUCAGUACCUUUUAAAGGGUACUGCCCAAGUGACAGCUUUGUAGCUUUUUCCCGAUAAUGUAGGAAGCAGGUUUGUGCAGUUUCAUUCAGUACCACAUUUUUGGUCAUGUGGUGGUUGUGUACCUGCUUCUGAUGUUGUGUGCCUGCUUCUGUGAGCAUCUAUUGUGUAAUUCUGUCAUUUUGCUGUGACGCAAUAGAGAGAUCCUGUUGUGCAUUUGAUAUUUGUUGUGAUGUUUGUCUCUCACAUCAGGAAUCACUAUCCUGAUGUGCAACUUUGCAAAGAUGUUUGAGAAGUUAGAAUGCAUGCUGAUUCGGUACCAAAUCAUGGUGUUGGGCCUAGAGGUGGCCAGCCCGUGUCACAGGGAGAGAGGGGCAAUGGUUACAGUCACGGAGGGGUCCCUAAUGGACAAGGUGCUAUAUCCAAUGGUUUCCCCUCAGGACCAGGAGUGACCAAUGGAAUGAGAGCUCAAAUUAAGGGCUACGGUCCAGCAACAGAUAUGAUUAAUGGACGAGGAAUUAUAAACAAUGGACCAGUUUUGCCCAACGGACAGGGCACCAAACCAUCCAAUAUGGGAUACGGCCUUGGUGCUGCUGGUUAUCUUGGAGCUGGUUUGACUGACGGUUAUGGAGCAGGUCUAGGGGCAGGUGGAUAUCCACAGGGAGUUCGAGCAGGAAAGCAGAUUGCAGGCUACAGCAAUGGAUACGGCAGUGAGGUUUAUGGCACAGCAGACGGUUAUGGAGCAGAACCUGCCUACCCAUCAAUGUUAGCUGAUAAUGUUGGCCUGAACGGUGUGGCUGGUCUUGGAGCUGGAGGCCUUGGAGGUCCAGGGCUGGUAGUGAACCCUGGCCUGGGUGCUGAUGCCAAGUCUAGAAAAUAUGGGGCAGGUGGAUUUCUUGGAGCUGCCGGAUCCUUGCCUUACGGUGGCCAGCCUGUGGUCUCAGCUGGACUUGGCCCUCAAGGCAAGACUGGUAGUUAUGGUGGAACUACGUAUGGAGGAAUAGCAACCUUUGGGCCAGACACUUCUUUGGGUGGUACAGGUGGAGCAAUGGAGCCUUUAGCAGGUGGAGCGAUAGGCCAGAUUCCUUACAGUGCACCAGUCAUUGCAGCUGGGGUUGAUGUUGAUGCUGGUCAUCCUUUUGGUGCUGAGCAGCUCAGUCUGGGUGCUGAUGCUACAAAGACAGCCGCCAAAUAUGGCACAGGCUAUGCAGCUGCACUGAGUACUGGUGGGCAGAGGCCCUAUGGUGGACAGAAGGAUGGAAGCAAGCUUAGUGGCAUAUAUGGGAAUGGGUACAAAGGCUGAUUUCCAAGGCCAUGCUGUUAACCUCAUCAGUGUUUUUUAGCCCCUUUAUGCCUAGUGUUCCUCACCAUUGUGUAGUUCUGUGACAUGUUUUUGUCUGCCAUAUUGUUUUAGUGUUAGUUUUGUGCCCAUUUGUGUGGGCAUGUGUGUUUGGUGUGGUUUUGAUGUUCAUUGUUCUGUUCUUUAAUGUUUGUGGAUGUUCCCCCAGUCUGUUUAUUUGUCUUGUCCAGUGGAGUGUUUCAUGUCCCUUGUGUGUCUCUGUAUCUAACUAAAACAUGCUAAGCACUUCAUUGGCUGUUAUUUUAAUUCUUAUGAAACACUAAAUAUUCCACCUCCUAAUCUGACUCCUUAGUGUUUCUUUGACAACUAUAUGAUCAAUGAGGAUUUCAGGGUUUAAAAAAAAAAAACUGCUCAGUCCUGCUUAAGGGCACAGUGAUGGCAAUUAUGGGGUUUGAUACUGAACUAUUAGCAUCAGAACAAGCUAAAAGAUAGUUUUGAAUUCUGUUGUGAGGUCACUUUUUAUCAAAUGAAACAUUACAUAAUGUCUUAAAGUAAACGCUAACAAGAUGACAUAACAGUCAUAAUCUAAUUAGCUCUCAUAUGGGUAAACGUACAGCUCUCAAUUCUCAUCCGUCUACAGGAAAACCACAUAACAAGCAUCCUGUGUCACACUCAUGAGACAACAUUUAAGAGGAAAC